UCUCUCUCUCUCUCUAUUUCUUCCAUCUCUCCAUCGUCGAAGUCGUCGUGUUUUUUUUACCUUCUGGGUCUUCUGGGUAGCACUAGUUCCGCGUUGAUUGGGCUCGCGGGAACAACGCCAAUCUCGUGAGGAUCGCUCUUUUCGCGUUUUUCCCUCCUGUGUUAUUGCGUUUCUUGUCGAGUCAACGCGUGAAGGCGUGGACUUUUCUCUUCUUUUCUUGGGUUACCUCCGGGAUGGGGGCGGUGGGUUUUCUCGCGAUGAGAUCUUGUUCUGCGAAAUGGGCUGUUGAACCGACCUGUUGGCUUUCUGUGAAGAUUGUGGCUUCUGGGUUUUCAUCGAGACUGCUAGUUUUGGUGUUUUUCUUCGUCUUGGGCAAUUGUUCCAUGUUCUUUUCAGCUUUUUCUGACAUUUGUGUGUGUGUGUGUGUGUGUGUGUGAAAAAGAGAGAGAAAGCGAAGAUUGGGUUGCUUUUUGAGUGGUUCUACUUUUUGCUCCCAUUUUGCCAGUGUAAGUCGCUGCUUUAGCUUCAAUGAAUAAGUGAAAAUCAUACGCUUUUAUGAGUUAAAGCUAAAUUAAUUUAGCUCUUCCCGUUUCUUAUGAUCGCAGCUUCUUCGAGGAGUGCUCGCGUGUCCAACGCCAACUAAUUUGUUUUACUUCUUGACCUAGUCUGAGAUGGAGGCUGAGAUGGAUCGUUUUGCACGAGAAAAGAAAGAAUUAUCUGACCAAGUCCAGGACCUAGAGAACCAGCUUGAGGAGCUUCGCUCUGAGAGAGCGGAGGAAAUUGCAAAGCUCACUUCUGAGAAGGAGGCCCUUCAAGAUCGUCUUCAUGAUGCAGAGUCGGAGAUUUUGCAGCUGAAGACUCGUCAUAGUGAAGAAUUGGAGAAAGUGGCAGAGGAAAAGGACCCCCUUGCUGAAAGGCUGAAGAGUGCGGAAGCUGGGAGGAAAAGAUCUGAUGAAGAGCUGAAGCGGUACGAGAUGGAAAAUGUGACUGGAGAACAGAUUCGGCAGUCCCUUGAGGACGAGAUUAGAAGAUUGAGACAAACAGUGGGACAAACUGAAGGAGAAAAGCGGAAAAAAGAUGAGCGGAUUGCUGAAUAUGAAGAACGUAUUCAUGGUAUGCAAGCACGAUUGGAAGCCUACCAGGAAUAUAUCCAAUCACUCGAUACUCAACUCCGGGAAGAAAUGUCUAGGCAUGCUCCUCUGUACGGUGCUGGUCUGGAUGCACUUUCAAUGACAGAGUUGGAGACGAUCUCGCGCAUUCAUGAAGAAGGGCUUAGGCAGAUCCACGCCAUUCAGCAACAACGUAAGGGCAGCCCUCUUAGCAGUCCUAUCAUGAGUCCCCACACGCUACCGCCGCACAAUCACGGGUUGUAUCCGACCACGCCCCCUCAAGUGGCGGCGGGGCUUCCCCCUUCCGUCAUGCCCAAUGGCGUAGGGAUGCACCACAGCAACAGGCACGUCAACAGUGCGAUGGGUCCCUGGUUCAAUCACAAGUAGAGAGCCCUGGAGUCAUUGCGGGAUGCCCAACCCAAUCCACCUGGGAUCUGUUUUGCAUUGAAAGUGGAGGGAUGAUGAUUUUCUGAGAGUGGAAUUUAUUUGGCAUUUUGACUGGCGGGACUGUUGGGAUGAGUUGCUGGUGAAAGGGCUGUUGUAAUUGAUAGAUAGCUGGACGGAGGGGGGGAUUAGAUUGGUGUCUAGUCCAAUGGGAGUAACAGUUAAACUGCCAUGCCUGCUUUUUUUUAAAAUUUCUUCAUAUGAUCAAUUAUAGGUUCCAACAAAUUUUGCAAAA